CAUUGUUUUUAUCUUAUGAGCAGGAUGGUUCUUCCUAUUUUUUAUUAAUAUGAUUUUCUUCCAUACUUCUGUCAACUUCAUGUCUUUACGUGCAAAAUACAUAACUUUAUUUCUGGUCCGAUGUUUAUGCGGGCAACAUAUGCGCUGGCAAGAAGAAAACAGUUGCACUAUGGCCGGUCGAUGAAUUUCGCUAUAUCGAACCAUAAACCGAUAUUCCAUUUCCAUUCUUUCCCCAAUGGAUAUUUACGCCGUUGUUCUUGUUCUUUGUCUUGAGGUAUCCUUAGCAGUUUUUGGUGUUGUUCAAUCCCAGCUCAUUACUGAUGGCAUGACCUUAGUUUCCGAAGGCGGAACAUUUGAACUAGGUUUCUUCAGUCCUGGUUCUUCCAACAAACGUUACCUUGGAGUUUGGUACAAAAACAUCCCAAUUCAAACGGUCGUUUGGGUUGCCAACCGCAACAAUCCAAUCAAUGACUCCACUGGCAUCCUAACAUUGAACAGCACUGGUAACCUCGUACUCAGUCAGAAUGACACAGUCGUCUGGUCUACAGCCUCUCUGAGAAAGCCAGAGAGUCCUGAGGCUCUGCUUUUAGAUUCUGGCAAUUUAGUGGUAAGAGACAAGAAAGACCCAAACUCAGAUGCCUAUCUGUGGCAAAGCUUCGAUUAUCCAUGUGAUACAUUCUUGCCGGGCAUGAAGUUUGGGUGGGACUUACGAACUGGUCUGAAUAGGCGUAUAACAGCAUGGAAGAGCCCAGAUGAUCCAGCUACAGGGGAUUUCUCAUGGGGCAUGGUUCUUAAUAGCUAUCCUGAUGCUUACAUGAUGUUGGGUAAUCAGAAGUUUUACAGAGCUGGACCUUGGAAUGGACUGCGUCCUACUGGUUCACCACAGCUAAAGGACAAUCCACUUUUUCACUUUGAGUUUGUACAAAACAAGAAUGAGGUGUACUUCAUGUACAACCUUAAAAACAAGUCUGUGAUCUCAAGACAAGUGCUGAACCAAACAAUUAAAGCUCGACAACGCUUUGUGUGGAUAGAAGAUGAUAAAGUUUGGAGGCCCUAUGCUUCGGUGCCAUUGGACUUAUGUGAUAGCUAUGAUCUGUGUGGACCUUAUGGAAUCUGCGUGAUUUCAGGAUCACCAGUGUGCCAAUGUUUAACAGGAUUCAGGCCUAAGUCACCAGAAGCAUGGGACUCAAUGGACUGGUCUAAAGGCUGUGUCCGGAAGAAGCCACUGAGCUGCGAGGACAAACUCAAGGAUGGGUUUGUCACGUUCGGUGGAUUGAAAUUGCCAGAUACUGAACAUUCUUGGCUUGAUGAGGCCAUGAAUCUAGAGCAAUGCAGAGAGAAGUGCUUGAACAAUUGUUCUUGUAUGGCCUACACUAAUUCAGAUAUAAGAGGAAAAGGUAGCGGCUGCGCCUUGUGGCUUGGCGAUCUAGUUGACAUCAGACAGUUUGCAGCUGGUGGGCAGGAUCUAAAUGUUCGAAUGUCUGCCUCAGAACUAGAGGCUGAUGGUAACAGCAAGAAGGUGGGGGUCAUGGUGGCAGUGAUAGCAACUGUUUCUAUAGCUACAGUUACUGCUGCACUCAUAUUGGGGUGGCGUUAUACCCAGAAAGGAAGCAAAUUAAAGAGAGACCGCAGCAUUAGAGUAGAUCACGGAGAGAGCCAAGUGGAUGACAUGGACCUGCCAUUCUUUGACCUGUUAUCAAUUGCUGCUGCUACUUGUGACUUUUCAAUCGACAACAAAAUUGGAGAAGGUGGAUUUGGACCUGUAUACAUGGGAAGGCUGAAAGAUGGGAUAGAAAUUGCUGUGAAGAGGCUUUCGGCAAACUCAGGACAAGGGUUAACUGAGUUCAAGAAUGAAGUAAAACUAAUUGCCAAACUUCAACACCGCAAUCUUGUAAGGCUCCUUGGUUGCUGCCUUCAAGGGGAGGAGAAAAUGCUGGUUUAUGAAUAUAUGCCUAAUGGUAGCUUGGACUCCUUUAUUUUUGAUGAGAACAAGGGUAAAUUAUUAGAUUGGUCAAAGCGUUUCCACAUUAUUCUAGGGAUUGCAAGAGGACUCAUAUACCUUCAUCAAGAUUCUAGACUAAGGAUCAUUCAUAGGGAUCUCAAAGCAAGCAAUGUCUUACUAGAUAAAGAUAUGAAUUCAAAGAUUUCAGAUUUUGGCAUGGCUAGAAUUUUUGGAGAUCAAAAUGAAGUAAACACAAAGAGAAUAGUUGGAACUUAUGGUUAUAUGGCACCAGAAUAUGCAACUGAUGGACUUUUUUCAGUGAAAUCCGAUGUCUUUAGUUUUGGUGUCUUAGUGUUGGAGAUUAUAUCUGGGAAGAGAAGUAGAGGAUAUUAUGAUCCAAAUCACAGCCAUAACCUCAUUGGUCAUGCAUGGAAAUGUUGGAAAGAAGGGAAACCAGCAGAAUUGAUUGAUUCAAGCAUGCAAGACUCAUGCUUCCUAUCUCAAAUAUUGCAUUGCAUUCAUCUUAGUCUCUUGUGUGUUCAACAACAUCCAGAGGAUAGACCAAGAAUGUCAUGUGCCCUGUUGAUGUUCUUAAGUGAGACCCAAUUGCCUGAGCCUAAACAACCAGGUUACUUUGGGAAUGCUUCUGUGGAAGCAUAUUCCUGCACAGUCUGUCGAUCCGUAUUGAUGGUGCUACACGGAAAGAUAUGAUGGACAGACAAACAGAGACAGGCUGAUCCUAUCUUAAAAAGCUAAGACACAAAAAAGUCAAGAUUAGUAUUCUCAAGGCGGAAACACCGUUUUGGAAAACCAAAACCUUAAUUCGGCAACAUCGUGAUCGUCCGAAAACGCGUGAGGGGCAGCGAAAAUCCCAACUUAGCCGCUUUGGAAAUUUGACUUUUCAUAUUUGAUUAAUGCCCACGAUGCGAGAUUUCUCUUCCCUUUCUUCUUCCUCAAUCUUCUUUAUUGUGUAUAUUCUCUACCAGAUUUUUCCCGUUGUUUAUCAUAAAAAAAUUCAAUUCAGCAGAAAC